GCUUUCUACACGCCUUAUUGACGUUCAUUGCCCGCAAGAUCGAUCCCCAUCGUCAAAGCCUCUGAUUGAGGCCCCAUGAGCUUAUAAUUCUCCUGGACUACUUCCAAAGGCGCCAGUUGGUCUCUUUUGACGAAGUUGGAGGACAAUGGCGCAAAACGACCCUGUGGCCAUCAACAAGUCACCGGAAGUGUCUCGACUAGAUAUCCAAAAAGCUUUCACAAGCUUGACACCUAGGGAGAAACUCUACGCUCACCACUCAGCCAGAGCUGCAUGGAGCUGUGCACCGAUCAUCUUAAACCAGACUUCUCCUGAGUCGAUCUCAAUCUUCCAAUUCAUUUUGGAAAUCUACAAAUCAUGUGAAGGAAACUGGCCAGAGCUUGCCUCCGGUGUAGGAAUUGAAAUUGAGGAAUUGCGGCGAUUCCUUGACUAUGCUGCAGUAUUUCUCGGUAAUAUCGGCAACUACUUUGGCCAAGGGGAUCAGAAAUUCGUUCCUGAUGUGUCGGAAAGUGCUCUCCAGAAGCUGUCUCAAUGUUCUGCGGUUGCCGGUAGCCUGUACGAGAAGAUCGAACGGCCUCUGAGGGCAAGCCUACCGCUAACCCUCGGAUUCCCAAGCGAUGUUGCUCAAAGUUCAUAUUAUCCAGGAGAUCUUCGCAUUUCUCGAGAAGAAAUUUCCGAAGUGUCAAACAUACUCACAAAAUUAGGGAUUGAUCCGGAGAAUACGCGCCUUCGCAAAUCGAUUGUGGGCCAGAAUUCUUACUUCGAUGUUCUGCAAAGCUCCGUUGAAGAAGACAGCCACCCGCAAGUGGUAUACGAAAAUUCUGACUUACUCAUCCGUCUUGUCCGAGGCGGUCAUAAGUCGGAGCUAUCUCUUGUUUGCCGCUACCUAGAACAUGCAAAAGAGAGCGCAGCGAACCCGCUUCAAGAAUCUUUCAUUGCUGAAUACCAGCACAGUUUCACUACUGGGCACAUGGAGAGCUACAAGAACUCCCAACGCAAAUGGGUCAAGGAUAUCAUGCCAUCUGUUGAGGUAUUCUUCGGCUUUAUCGAGCCGUAUCGUGACCCUUUUGGCGUCAGGGCGGAAUUCGAAGGGCUUGUUGGAAUCGUCAACCAACAAGAGACAGGAAAUCUUACUGCUCUAGUCAAGAAGUCUUCGGUGUUUAUACGACGGCUCCCAUGGGCCGAAAAUCAUAUUGAAAAUGACGGAAAAGGACCUUUUGAGAAGGAACUGUUUGAGAGUCCUGAUUUCACUAGCUUGCACACAUUAGCUUACUGCUCAAGCAUCAUCUUUCCUGGCAAAAAUCUCCCUAAUUACAAUGAUAUCCGGCAAGACGAUGGCUUCAAAAAUGUAAUGACCACCAAUACCAUGACAGCGACAAAUUCGAAAUCUGAAGCUAUGGCUAGCUGCCUGGAUCCCUCUGAAGUAGCAACAUUUCUCAAGCAUAGAGAGCCCGCGUUCUAUCUAUGGGUUGUCUUUCACGAGCUUCUUGGUCAUGGGACUGGUAAGCUUCUAGUUGAGAACCAAUCCAGCGGGUUCAACUUCGACCCAAAGAAUGCUCCCAUCAACCCACUAACUGGAUAUCCUAUCGAUUCUUGGUAUAAACAUGGGCAAACUUGGACUGGCCUCUUUGGUGACAUUGCCACUACAGUCGAUGAAUGCCGCGCAGAGUGUGUCGGAGCUUAUUUCUUGAGUGACAUGGAGCUUCUAGCCAUGUUUGGGUACACCGACGACACUGAAAUUACGGGUAGAGAUUUGGAAUACAGCAUGUACAUGCAGCUUGGCGUUGCGGGACUUCGGGCGCUUGAGAAUUACAACCUCGAGGAUCAUAAAUGGGGGCAAGCACACAGUAGGGCACAUUUUGCAAUGUUCAAGUGUCUCCUGGCGGCUGGCGGCGACUUCCUUACAGUCACACACGAUAAAAUUUCAGAAAAACUAACCGUGUCCAUUGAUCAAACCAAGAUCUCUACCCACGGUAAGCCUGCAAUUGCAAGCCUCAUGCUCAAAUUGCAUAUUUGGAGAUGUACUGCAGAUGUAAAAAGGUGUAGGGAGUACUAUGUACACCUCACAGAACCAACUGGUGUCUACCUGGAGUGGAGACAGAUAAUGCUAGCGAAGCAGACAGCGAAGCAAGUCUUUGUGCAACCGAACACAUUCAUCAGUGGCGGAGAGGUCUUCUUGAAAGUGUAUGAGCCUACAGUGGAAGGGAUGAUACAGAGUUGGGCUGAGCGAAUGAGGAUGAUAAGAGAGGAGACGGAGGAAUAGCUAAUGCAUCUGGUUAUUGGAGGCUCUGUAGGUACAAUACAUUGGCACUUGCUUUCUCUUCUCAUGCAC